GCCCUGCCCUUCCCUGCUCUGCUCGAAGGGGAUCUCCCUUCUCUCUUUGCUCAGCCCCCCCACUGCUGCUGCGCCCCAGGAUCCCAGCCCCCCUCCGCCUGCCCGCCCCCCUCCAGAGCCCUAGAAGCCGCGCGGCUGAGACAAGGAUGUGACUGCACCCGUGGGGCGGAGGGUGCACUCGGCGGCGGCGGCAACGGUCGGAGUGAAGCUGCGGGCGCCCGGGGCUCCCUCUCUCCUAGCUCUCCCUCUCUCCUCCGGCUUCCCCUAGUCCCUCUUCCACGGCCCCGGGCCGUCCUGCUGCCCCGACCCCGCGCCUCCGUGCUUGCCGCCUCGGGGCACCCUUCCCCUGCCCCGGACCGCCCCUCUCCGACCGCCCCCCUGCUCCAGCGCUGACCCUGUCCGCCGGCGGGGAAGGAGGAGGAGGAGGCGGCGCCGCCGAACCACCGGGCGAGAACAUGUCGGAAGUGCUGCCGUUUAACGAGGAAAAGCUGGGGCACUAUGGAGACGGGGGGGACGUGGGCCAGAUCUUCACGUGCCGCCUGCAGGAUACCAACAACUUCUUCGGGGCGGCUCAGAACAAGAGACCGCCCAAACUGGGCCAGAUCGGCAGGAGCAAGAGAGGUGAGUGAGCCCUGGG